CGCGCAUCGAUGACGUCCGAUGAACAUCGGUGCGCCUCAACUUAGCUCUCAGCAUCACUUCUACGGUUAGGGGGGUUGCGCUGAUCAAAACAACGGCAGCAACAACCUAACGUGGUUGUGCGGGAGGAAAGCGGCUCUCACCGUUUCGUGUUUAGAACCCUGCGUGGUUGCUGGAGUAGUGCGGUGGGGUUCGAAAGUUUUCAUCUGGGUGCGGGUCGUCGUCUUCUCAGCAGUUUGCCGUUUACUACAGCUACAGGUUGUGUCGAUUGAAUCACGUGCAUGCGAGAGGACUGCAACAACAGGUCAACGAGCGAGGUGAUAGCGGAGCGCUACUAUUUAUGACCGCAGCCAACACCAUCGGCAACAUCAUCACUGGAGCAGGAGGUGCAACAUUCGUCAUACAUAUGACACUGUGUUUAUCAGCAGGGCUAAGAAUUGUGCCUUGUACGACGAUAACCACUGCUACGGUUUAAAGCUAGUGCGGCUUCGGCCGCCGUUCAGCACCACCACCAAACCCUGCACCGGCAACCAGACGGGCGAGCGUUUCGAAAAGCGGCGACGGUGUCGCCUUGGUUGCAAUGACGAUCAUUUUGUUUCUGGUCGACACGUCGGCGUCGAUGUGCCAGAAGGCGCACGUCAAUGGCGUUCAGAAAAGUUAUUUGGAUAUCGCGAAAGGGGCGGUCGAGACGUUCCUCAAGUACCGGCAGCGUUCACAGGACUGCAUGGGUGAUCGUUACAUGUUGCUAACGUUCGAGGAUCCCCCGAACAAUGUCAAGGCUGGCUGGAAGGAGAACCACGCCACGUUUAUAAACGAGCUAAAGAAUUUGCAGAGCAACGGUUUGACUUCGAUGGGUGAGGCGCUGAAGAAUGCGUUUGAUUUGUUGAAUCUGAACCGGAUGCAGAGCGGCAUCGAUACCUACGGCCAGGGCCGUUGUCCGUUCUACCUGGAACCGUCGGUGAUCAUCGUGCUGACAGAUGGAGGAAAAUAUUCGUUCCGGAAUGGUGUUCACCAGGAAAUUAUACUGCCACUGCAUGCACAAAAUCCGGGCAUCAAAUUCACGAAAGAACCAUUCCGUUGGGAUCAGCGGUUGUUUUCGUUGGUCCUGCGAAUGAGUGGAAAUCGGGCCGACGAACGGGUUGAUGGCAAAGUGCCCCAUGACGAUUCCAUGAUCGAAAAAAUGUGUGAGGUCACCGGCGGUCGAUCCUACAAGAUUCGUUCUCAGUAUGUUCUGAACCAAUGUAUUGAAAGUUUAGUCCAAAAGGUCCAACCCGGGGUGGUUAUACACUUCGAUCAGCUACUAACGACCAACAAUAUCGGGGGUGAGAAUGGUGGCGGAGGUGGCGCAGACUUGCAGUUUCAGUCGAUAAAACGUAUGAUUUACGUUCAGAAGCACCCGCAGCAGAAAACCUUCCCAGUGGGGUUUUGGCCGAUACCGGAACCGUACUGGCCGGAUCCCAAAAACAACACGCUGCCACCACGCGAUGCCCAUCCGAAGAUAAAAAUUAUUACUCCGUGCUGUGAUGAACCCGUGAUACUGCGGAACUUUCCAAUCGAUAAGUACGAGUUGGAACCGAGUCCUUUGACGUUGCAAAUUCUUUCCAAGAAAGAAACUAACAAGGUGUGGCCGUUGAUUGUUUCGAGUGGAAUGCAUGGGAUCGAGAUGCCUUUCGGAUUUCUGAAGCCGAGCAGCACUAUGACGGUGGUGAAUUUGUACGUACUACCGUACAACUAUCAAACGUUUCUGCCCCUGAUCAAUGACUUGUUUCACAAGUACAAUCUUAAUCCACCGAAUGAUUGGAUUUACAAGUUCAGUAAUUACGUUAAAUCUAUACCACAGUACUAUUGUCCGUUUUUGAGACGAGCCCUGGCAUCUACACCGACUGUUCCGUAUCAGCUAGUACAGUACAUACUUCCAGAGAACUUGGAUAGUUAUUUGAGCCCAGCGGUGGCAAACAAUUUGAAGCAGAUGAAAAACAAGGCUAAACAGGAUCAGGAGAAUCUCUGCCUGAGGGUAUUCAAGCAGUUAAAGCAACCGAAACCGGCAUACCAUCAACUGGAAACUGUUAAGUUGAACCCGGGGCAGCCUCUGAGACGAGAUCUUAUAUCGCAUCCAAUGCUGAAGGAUGCGUUCAAUAAAGUGCAUGCAGACAUUGCCAAUUAUGAAAAUUACACCAUUGUUGUCCCAACUGUGAUGCGACCCGCGUCGACGAAAAAUUACCGAAAUCCAUUCGAUAUCCCCCGGAGGGAUCUGAUCGACGAAAUAGCGCGGAUGCGCGAGAACUUUUUCCGGAUACCUACCAGUGGCAUUGCAAUGUUCACCAAGGACAGCGGUCACUGUUUGCCGAUAGCCGAUAUGGGUAAUUACCAGGAGUAUUUGAAGAACAAAGAAACGCCGUUACGUGAGCUGGAACCGACCAAUGUGAGGCAGCAUAUGUUUGGCAACCCAUACAAGAAGGACAAGAAUAUGGUGAUGGUCGAUGAAGCAGAUUUGAACGAUGUGGCGGCCCCAAUGAAAGGCGGUCGAGGAGAAGUUGGACCAGGAGGAGUAAUGAAACCUCGGAUAGAUCCAAACGCAAGACUGAGCCGAAAGCGUAAGGCGGGACCAAUUAGAAAAGAUUUCGUUUUUAAACGAAGAUGUACGGGGCUUAGUAUGAGUUCGUCUUCGAGCGUGUAUUCUGAUAAAAGUUCGAUGUCGGAUUACAGUACGGAUGAUGAUAGUGCUUCCGUGAUAAGCGGUAGUAUCGGUUCGGAAUCGGAGCUGGAUGACGACCCCGACGAUAGGUUGGUGGUCGAUUUUGAAUUCCCCAACGACAAAGAUGAUGAAAGUCCUAUUAAUGCUCACGUUCGAGAAUUCAUCGAAGGUCCGGAUGAAGGUGGUGGUUUACCGCCUGAACCUGUUACCCUUCCACCGCAAGAGUAUCACCACUCAACGUUAUCCGCACCUGUUAGUGUACCUAUGUACCAUGCCCAUCCACAUCACCAUCUACAACAGCAGCAGCAACAACAACCACAAUCGCUACAACCGCAGCCUCAGCAGUAUCAUGCACCGGCUCCUCACAUGCUUCAUCCCUCGAUAAGUCCUAUCGUCAGUCCUAGUCCAAGUUCUGUCCCUACUAGUAUCAAUAGUAACAACGUCAAUAGCAAUUCGUCGAGUUUAGCUUCCACCAGUAGCAGCAGUCUUGUAAAUGAUAUGAAUGAUGUACUGGAGAUAUCAAACAUUCUUAAAACAUGCCACAACGGUACAAACAGCUACGCAACUAUGCAGGACGAGCCUCCUCCCGAACCGGAACCUCCUGCCAAAAUAUCCCGCACGAGUAAAUCGUCCGCCAAGUCUACAUCCGACACCAAAGUGGACAACGGAAGCAUACUUCUGAAUGGUGGCAGUGAUCACGUUCCUCCUGUCUCAGCCAAACCAACUACUCAACCAUCGCGAACGAAAACGAAAAUCGCUCAUGCUCCCCGACCCGUACCCGCACUGACCGAACAGGAAAGGGAACAGAUUCGGGAGGAAAACUACGAAGUCCGUGCAGUUGUAUUCAAAGAUAUUCGUCGACCCGGGCGAAACUAUUCUCUACUGCUAGAACAUCUUGAUUCGGUCAAAGGGGACACACAGAUCAAAACGGAUUUUGUUGAGAUGUGUGUUAAAGAGGCUCUUCGAUUCCGGAGGCGCAAAAUGGCCGACAGCAUUCAGGAGUGGUGGGACCAAAAACUCGAGAUCAUUAAACAGGAAGAAAAGCUACAACAACAGAAGCAGCUCGCUAGUAGGAUGAAAGCCAGCUGUCUUGGGUACGGUGGCAGUAGUAGUGCUACCGGUAGUCAUCUUCCAUCAGGCGCAGCAGUGCAUUCUAAUCACCUCCAGUCCGGGACGUUACGAACUUCCCGACAUCAGUCGAUAGCCAGUAGUAGUAGUAGUAGUUCUAGUAGUAGCAACAACAACAACAAUAAUAAUACCACUAGCAGCAGUAAAGGCCACUUUACCCACCAAUCGCAUCCUCCCAACAAACACCCGCACACCACAGCGCAGCAUAAACAUUCGAAUCAUCAACCCAGCGGUAGCAACAGCCGAGUGUGAGAAGAAACUUAAAAAUUAUUUGUUAUAGUGAUUCUAAUUCCGCGACAUCAUUACCGAACAUCUGUAUACUAAAAACAUUCGAAUGAAAUCCCGUUUUCUGGCUGAAAUCUUACGAGCUGGACAGAAUUGUAUCAUUUGUUUUUAACGUGUACUAAAUUGUACAUAUUCAAAGUGGAAAUCCCAGCUAGUUCUAUUAUGCGUAGGAAAAAUAUUAGUUUUUGCUAAAGAAAUUUUAGUUUAUUCCUUGUUCGCCUCAUCCCAAGUUUUGUAUAUGGUUCAAAGUAUAAGGUAAACGUGUUUGGAGACAAACCCAACAGGAAAGGACUGAAGGAAAACAAUUGGAUUCUGCGUUUUGAAAGUCGUAUAUUAUGCUUCUUUUUCUUAAUUAAAUAAUUGAAUUCGUAUGUGGGUUACUACUACAUAGCAAGUUUGUGAGGAUCGUUAAAACGUGGUUUGAAUCUGUUUAUGAUCUGUCUGUCCCGAGUAUAUUGUUGCGGCCAACGAUAGUGUUAGAGAGAGCGAGAGAGAGAGAACAACUAAAAUGUAAAUGAAGAAAAAAUGUUUGGUUUGGGAGCCAAACGCAGCUUAGUUUUAUUAAGACAAAUGAGACAUUUGUAAAUAGGUAAAUGUUAAAUAAAUUGAU